UUCUCUGAAGCGCAGUCUCUGCAUUACCGUGGUUUGUACCAUCUCGGUGCUGUGACUAUUGUGGUAGCUAUAUCACUCUAUGCCCGGGACCGUACUGUGCAUAUGCACAGCGCGCCGGAAACAUUAUCACACAUGCUUUAAAAAGCCAGUGAGAACCAGUGUGGUUGCAACAUUAUUCUCUGCAGAGGCAUCUGUUUAUAUUUCGUAACUCUAAAAUAAUAUUUGCAUUUCACUUUCGUUGCUACGAGAUAAGGAUUUUUUUGUUUCUUUGGGCGUCUAUAGUGUAUUAAUCUUAAAUGCGACUUUUGCCAGAGAUAUAGUGGAGUGCAUGCCUUCUUUAGCUGGGUGCCAGGGAAUGCUGUCUCCACGACCCGCUGAAGUGUCUGUCUGACGUGAUGCUUUUCGUGUUUUUCGCCGGUUCGCAGUAAGUCGAGUUAAGACGACUUUAAAUUCGUAUUGCUGGCCGCAUUUAGGUCAGCGCCUUGAAUGAAUUGGGUUACAGCAGUAAAAGAUGCUGUGCGAGGGCAGCUUGUCGAGGCGUGACUCGUUAGCAACGAGGGCACGAUGAUGUGCCAGUCAUCUGCAUCUCCGAGUGCGUCGUGUGUUCAGGACCCCAUACAAUGAGCAGUUUACGAAGACUAGUGCAUCUGGUGCUUUUCUGCCCCUUGUCCAAAGGCGUACAGGGUCGUCUCCCAGUCAAGGUGAAGUACCUGUUCCUGGCCUGGCUGGCCAUCCUGGUGGGCAGCUGGGUGGUCUACAUGCACUACUCCACUUACUCCGAGCUCUGCCGUGGACACAUCUGCCACGCGGUCAUCUGUGAUCAUUACAAGAGGGGCAUUAUCUCUGGAUCAUCCUGCAAGCCUCUGUGUGAAAAGCGCACUCUGAAACUGCAGCACUGCUUGUCCUCCUCGCCUACUCAUCAGGUGUACAAUGGAGUUUGGAAGGAGAAGUCAGUGGUUAUAAAGUGUGGACUUGAAGAUGGCUCGAGGCGGGAUGGGAGUCCAGACUCCAUGCUUCGACAGGAGAUGGCCCUCUUCAACAAGCCAAGCAGGGGCACCUCCAUGGAUGAGUUUCGGGAAAUGCUGCAAAAUUUCCUCAAGGGAAAUCUCGGGGACCAUUCCUCACUUGGAACCUUGGUAAGUCAUAUCAUGGACCUAGCUGAUGUCAAUCAGGAUGGAAAGGUCUCUCUGGCAGAGGCAAAGUCUGUGUGGGCACUGCUGCAAGUCAAUGAAUUCCUUCUGAUGAUGGCUUUGCAAGAGAAGGAGCACACCCCAAACCUGCUUGGCUUCUGCGGAGAUCUGUAUGUCACAGAACAGGUGGGCCACAGUGCCCUCUACAAGUUGGAGAUUCCUCCUUACCUGCAGCCACUGGUUCCCACAGUCCUAAGUACUACUAUAAACCAAUGGCUAGCCCCAGCCUGGCCCCGGCGAGCUCGAAUUACAAUCGGGCUCCUGGAGUUUGUAGAGGAGAUCUUCCAUGGCUCUUAUGGCAGCUUCUUCAUGUGUAACGCGAGUCCGUGGCAGGUGGGCUAUAAUGGGAAGUAUGAUUGUAAGAUGGCAGACCUGCGUCACGUGGCAUCUGAGGUGGCAGUACGGAACUUCCUGAAGGGUCGCCACUGCGAGUCAAACACGGACUGCACCUAUGGCAAGGACUGCACUGCCACCUGCGACAAGCUGGUCAAGCAGUGCAACACUGAGGUGGUGCAGCCUAACCUGGCCAAGGUGUGCAGGUUGCUACAGGACUACCUGCUGUUUGGUUCUCCUUCAGAUCUGCGUGUGGACCUAGAGAAGCAGCUACGCACCUGUGUGACACUCAGCGGCCUCGCCAGCCAGAUGGAGGUCCACCAUUCGCUUGUCCUUAACAACCUCAAGACCCUCUUGUGGAAGAAGAUCUCUGAUACCAAAUACUCCUGAGGCUGAAAAAAAUAACUACUGGUAAAAGACGACUUAUGAUGUGGAUAUAUUUGACACCUGCAUAUUAGCAGCUUUCCUUUAUUGAGGAAGCAGGGAUUUACUAUUAAGAUAUGGGGCAUUGUUUGACUAUUAAAUUACCAAGUAAUACUUCUACGCCAAACUUAAGAGAAAUAACUUGCGCUUGAAUUCCACAUAACAUAUGGAUAUGUUUAUGUCCUGCAUGUUGCAGAGGAUGAAAAAAACUGUCAGAUCAUUUACAAGUUAUCAUUAUUCAUAGAUAGUUGGUACAACUUUUUCUCAGGUCUGUGAAUGACUUGUCGAGAUGUAACACAGGCUGUAAUUAGCAAAACAAGGCCACUAGAACCUCAAAAUAACCAAGGGCAAAGCAUUAUUUGGUGGAUAGGGUGGUGGUGUGGUCUACUGCAAACAGUUGGGGGGAAAAAAACAAAAACAUUUGUAUGCUAUUAUGUGCCUUUUGUGCACAAUCUAAUUUUGAUGAGUUAAAUGCACUUGAUGACAACACUUAAGUAACCAGAAGUCUGAGCUAUUGUUUUAUGCUACUAUAAAUAGUGUUUGGUCAAAGUUUCGUAAUUAUUAGUGUCUGUUAAGCUUUUUAAAGAACUCAAGGUAAAACAUCUCUUUUUAUAGGAACAUUUUUAUUCUCAGUCCCUGUAUUAAUGCAAUGUGUGGAAGGAAAAUUCAUAUUGCCACUUGUGAUAUGAGAAGGUAUCACUGCAACUGUUUAUGUCUUGUAAAAGACUACCUGUUGGUUUUAUUUCUCAAUAUUUUAUUGUGAAAUGCAUAAGAAAAAUAUGUAAUUGAAAUCCAACAAGUCUGCAGUGUUAGUGGAUUUAUUCAAUGUAGGUCAUCUGUGAGAAUGACUUGUUUCCACAUAUAAACAGUAACAGUUUUUAAAUCUAAGCCACAAAUUCAACUUUAAACACCAUCUCAAAGGAAGAACACUGCAAACUGUAUACUGGUUCACCUAGUUUUAGGAGCAAGUUUUAAAAAUGGUCCAGCAUCUUGAACACCAAAUCGCAAAAUCAUUUCUGAUCCUCUGUGUUCAACUGCACCAUGGUACAAUAGCAAAUAUGCAAAUAGAUUUAACACAAAAUAGGAGCUAUCUUUUUAAAGACUGCCAAAAACUAAAUAAGUAAGUAUAGGAUGUGGAUUGGUCACACAUUGGCCGAUACCCGAUCCGUCAAAUAGGUCUGGAUCGGCACCGAUACCGAUCCGAAAUUCUGAUACAAUCUUUGUUAUAAUCAGGGCUGCAUAUAACUGGUAUGCAUUCACCUUU